GGCCAGACCAUAUUUAUGUGACUUCCCCCUGAGUGGUCAACAUUUUACUAUACUAAAUAGUUUAAAGGGUCAAAAUAAGUAAAUUAAUAUAUGAUAGCUUUUCCGUAGAAGCAGCUUUUCAUCCUGUUUAGAUAUUGUGUUAUUUUCUAUCAUUGGAACCUUUGAAAAAGCACAUUUACAGCUAAUAGUAGUUUAACAGUGGUGUUAACUUAAACCAAGGGCAACUACAAUAUUUGGAGAAGUUGUUUACAGUAGUAAAAGCUCUUUUGUUUGGUUUACAGUCAUGUCACGGAGAAGCUCACGAUUAGACUCCCAAGGAUACUACAACAAUGAUGGACUACCAAUCAUUUGCUACAAGGAACACCUGAACAGGGUUUCUAACAGCAGAUGUUUGAGGACCUCUUCAUGCAGUAGUAGAGCAGAGUCCACAAGCUACCUAGAAAGACACAAAACCAGCAACAGAAACAUAAAUAAUAACAUAAUAACAAACAUGGACAAGAACAGAAAGAGUUACAAAGACAGCAAGCAAAUUAGUGACUAUGACAGCAACGAAAUGAGCGACUCCUACAGAAACGAUGUCAACAACACAAGUAGUAACAGACACAGAAACAACAGGUUCUCCACUAUAUUCAACCAAAAUAUGUUUGGCUUUCUCUUCUUCAUACUCGUCCUGUGUUUUGGAUUUGCAUGCAGAGAAGAGUUUCUCAGAUUAAACAAAGACACAAUGACCAACUUCAAGGGUCAAGUAAACACAUUAAAUGAAGAGAUUCUCAGAUUAAACAAAGUCCUGAACUCCCUGCAAUUGGUGGCGGACACUAUGCCCAACUUCGCUCUGGAGAGUCAAGUAAACACAUUAAAUGAAGAGAUUCUCAGAUUAAACAAAGUCCUGAACUCCCUGCAACCGGUGGCGGACACUAUGCCCAACUUCGCUCUGGAGAGUCAACAGGCAAGAGUUUUACUUGAUCAGUCUUCACAAACGUACUCCACACGAGGAAGCUGCGCCUAUCUUUUUGGAAUGUUUUGUAAACGACCUGUACACCCAAGGACAGUCCUUCAGGGAGGCUCACCCCCGGCUGUAGGACGGUGCUGGCCCUUUGAAGGUGGGCGGGGGCAUUUAUUCAUCACCCUGUCACACCCAGUCUACAUCAGCCAUGUGACACUAGGUCACAUUUCAAAGAACUUGUCCCCAACUGGCAUCAUUCCUAGCGCCCCAAAGACGUUUUCUGUCUAUGGCAUGAAUACUUUAGAUGACAAAGGAACCUAUCUAGGAACCUCUCUGUAUGAUCAGGACGGGGACGCAACACAAACUUUUGAGCUACCUUUGAGAGCAACUGGGUCACCCCGACUACACCUGGGGGACAACGGCAGAGGGCACGGAAGCGGCAGAAGGACAGACAGGAAGGAGGCAGGCAGGGACGGGACCGGCUGGGGGGGGAAGGAGCAAGCAGGCAGAGGAGGAGGAGGAUGA